AUGGUUACUGAUAAUGUUGCAAACCUUUGUGAUACCAGACUCACACCCCAAUACUACCAGCACAUCUUGGCCUUGAUGUUUGUUGUCAUAGAGGUGAACAAGGAUCUGGAUCUCCUCCCCAACAUCACACUUGGCUUCCAGGUCUAUGAGAAUGCCCAGAUUCCGAGGGAGGUUUCCUCACACAGCCUCUCUCUUCUGUCUACACGAGGCCAAAUGGUUCCAGAUUACAAAUGUGACAGGCAGGACACCCUGCUCUCUGUCAUUGGAGGUAACAACGCCAAAUCCUCAAGGCAGAUGGACUCCAUCUUCAGCCUCUUCAAGGUCCCACAGCUUGGUGUUGGCUUUGAGUUCACUCAGGGAGACAGAAGAGUUUAUCCUUCUUUCUUCCAAAUUAAUCCCAGUGAAUUUCCUCAGUAUAUGGGAUUAGUCCAGCUGCUCCUGUAUUUCCAGUGGAACUGGGUUGGGUUGGUGGCCCCUGAUGAUGACAAUGGAGAACAUUUCAUCUCAACUGUGAUGCCAAUGCUCAAGGAGAAGGAGAUCUGCCUGGCCUUCACUCAAAUGAUGAAUUCUGAUUUUGCUAAUAGUCCAAGUUCGAAAGGAAUCCAUAUUUUAAACACUUGGUCUAAAGCCAAAGUGAUUAUUCUAUUUGGAGACUCUAGUACCAUCAGAAAUGUACAACUGUUUGUGUUAGUUUAUGAAACAUUGACAAAAAAAUCAUUUCUGAAUGUCUGGAUCCUUACAUCCAAUUGGAAAUUUAAUGUGAUGAAAUCUGAAUAUCUAUUGAAAGCUAUAAAGCCCUUCUACGGGGCUUUGCAUUUUAGAGACCACAUCAGGGAUAUCUCCGAAUUCAGUUGUGUUCUCAUGUCUUUAGACCCUUUGAACCCACAAAGGAAUGUCUUUCUCCCACGAUGGUGGGAGUGGGUCUUUGAUUGCCAGAUCCACAAACCAGACAAGGUCCCUCCGAAAGAGAAAAAACCCUGUACAGGAAAGGAGAAUUUGCAGAAUCUGCCAGCUUACAUGUUUGAAGCAAGCAUGGCAGGUGAAAGUUACAAUAUCUACAAUGCCAUUUAUGCUCUGGCACAUUCAUUACAUGCAAUGUAUGAGUCCAGAGGGCGACCAGCCAUGCUAAGACUUGGAAAGAGGAUCUCAAAUAUCCAGUCAUGGAAGCUUCUUCCCUAUUUGAGGACUGUCCAGUUCAACAACAGUGCUGGAGAUGAAAUAUACUUCUCAGAAGAUGGACUGGGGUCUGCUCGUUAUGAUCUUCUCAACUGCGUUCUCUUCCCAAAUCUAUCUUUUGUCCCCAUGAAAGUUGGACAUAUAGACCCUGGGGCUUCCCAAGACCAAGAUUUCAUCAUCAACUCUGAUGCAAUUGUCUGGGCAAUAAAGAAGGUGCCUAUUGCUAGGUGUGGCAUGAAGAGGUGCCAUGCAGGAGAGAGGAGAAGAGUUCCAGAGGGUGAGCAGGUCUGUUGCUACCAAUGUGUCCCUUGUCCAGAAGGAACCAUUUCUAAUGAGACAGAUGCAGCUUCCUGUGAUCCCUGCCCAGAAGACCAAUAUCCCAACGUGGACAAGGACCACUGCAUUGCCAAGAAGAUCCACUUCCUUGCCUAUCAAGAGCCUCUGGGAUAUGCUGUAUCUUCUCUCACACUUUCUCUCGCCAUGAUAACAUUAGCAGUUCUGGCAAUUUUUCUUAAACAUCAUGAUACACCAAUUGUCAAGGCCAACAACCAAGAUCUCACCUACAUCCUCCUGGUCUCCCUUCUGUUCUGCUUCCUAUGCUCCUUUCUCUUCAUUGGGCAAUCCCGGACACUCAACUGUCUCUUCCGACAAACUGCCUUUGCCAUUCUCUUUUCCCUUGCAGUUUCCUCUAUUUUGGCAAAAACUGUCAUGGUGGUUCUGGCCUUCAUGGCCACUAAGCCAGGGAACAGGACAAGGAAAUUCUUAGGAAAACCACUGACCAACUCCAUUGUCUUAGCCUGUCCCCUGAUUCAAGCAGUUCUUUGUGUCACCUGGUUAGCAACCUCUCCCCCAUUUCCCAACUUAGAUUUCCACUCCUUAGUAGGAGAGACCAUCUUGGAAUGUAAUGAAGGGUCAGCUUUAAUGUUUUAUGCUGUCCUCGCCUACCUGGGUUUUUUGGCCCUGGUCAGUUUCACUGUCGCCUUUCUGGCUAGGAAAUUGCCUGACAGCUUUAACGAAGCCAAAUUCAUUACUUUUAGCAUGCUUAUCUUUUGCAGUGUUUGGAUUACCUUCUUCCCCACCUACCUGAGCACCAAAGGGAAGUCCAUGGUGGCUGUGGAGAUCUUCUCAAUUUUGGCCUCUGGGGCUGGUCUCUUGGCUUGCAUCUUUUUUCCCAAAUGCUACAUUAUCCUAUUCAAGCCAGAUCUGAACCAGAGAAAAAAUAUAAUGGGGCACUAG